UAUUUUACUGAAUUGACUCUCCUUUUUCCUCCCUCUCUCUGGCCUGGUCUGGGCUUGUCCUCUCCAUCUACAAUGACCUUCUCCAUCUACAAUGACCUUCUACAUCGGCAAUGACCUUCUACAUCGAUUGGCUACCAUGACAACAGAGGCAAGUGCAGUGAGCGAGGCAGACACUGAGGGUAAGCAGAAGGCCAGUGGCGCCGAGCCCGAGCCCGAACCCGAGCAGAAGCCGGCGGCGGCAGCGUCCGAACCGGAAGGGGAGCAGUCGAGCAAGAAGGCCCAGGAGCAGGCAUCUGAGCCUGGGCCCGCUGACGUCGCUACCUCCCCUGAGGAGGAGCAGCUGAAGCCUCGUACCCGGACCUCUGCUGGCAAAGGCCUGUCUCGCCUCUUCUCCUCCUUCCUUAAACGGCGCUCACAGGGCUCUGAGGGAGAAGGGUUCGAGGCAGAGAAAGCUGCGGAGGAAAAGGCGGACAAAGAGGAAAAAGCUGAAACGCCCGAAGAGGAAAAGAACGAAGAUGUGAAAAGUGAAGAGAAGGAGGCAAAAGCAGAGGAAGAAAAACCCGAGGUAAAAGAAGUGAAAAAGAAGGAAGAAAAAGAACAAAAAGAGAAACAAGAAGAAAAGGUUGAGAAGAGGGCCAGCUCCUGA